GCAGAGAUGGGUCCGGGGAGGCGGCUGGACGUGCCGGUGGGCGACCUUUCUCUGAUCAGGGGGAUCUGGGAGGUCCGGGUGAGGAAGUACAGACAGAGACAGAAGAAGGAGAAGGAGAGGAUCGAGAAGAGCGCCCUCCCAAAGAUCGACCAGCAGUGGCAGUAUCGAAUCUACUGCAAAUCACUAAAGAACACCGAACGUAACCUGCUGCAUCACUACCUGGAGAGAUCAACCCUGACAUCUAAAAUACAACCGUGUACAGAAUCUGAGCAACAGGAUCACAAAGACCAGCAGGAUGAGAAAGAUCCGGAUCAGAGCAAAUUGGUCUUCCAGCUGGACGGAGAUCAGUGGAUGGACUUCCCCAGGGAGCUGCAGUGGAUGACCUACCUGAAGGAGUGGCACAUCAGCAGGACAAAGAUUGGCCGGCUGCCUGACUACCUGCCUCUGUUCACCCAGCUCUCUGUCCUCGAGAUCCCCAAAAACGCCAUCGCCGAGCUGCCGCCUGAGAUCGGUAAACUGACGGGUUUGAGGGAAUUAAACGUCAGCUACAACCGUCUGAGCAAAGUCCCUCCAGAACUCGGAGACUGUGAGAACCUGGAGAGACUCGAACUCACGGGAAACCAGAACCUGUUCGAGCUGCCGUUUGAGCUGAGCAGCCUGAAGCAGCUGGUUCACCUGGACAUCGCGGAGAACAGGUUUGUCUCGAUCCCCAUCUGCGCCCUGAGGAUGAGCCGCCUGCAGCUGUUGGACAUGAGCAACAACAGUCUGACCGACCUGCCGCAGGACAUGGACAGGCUGGAGCAGCUGGUCACUCUGUUAAUCCACAAGAACAACCUGACCUACCUCCCUCACUGUCUCACCCAAAUCUCCACGCUCAGGAUGAUCGUCGUCAGUGGCGACGAGCUCAACUGCAUCCCGACCAAACUGUGCAGAAACCCCGACAUCAAAUUUAUCCGACUGUACGACAACCGAGGGAACGCAGAGAAGAAGAAGAAGGAAGAAGAGAAGAGGAGGGAUAAGAAGAAGAGGAGGUGGAACCAGCCAAGAAAGGAGGAGGUGAAGAAGGACAGCGGAGAGAAGGAGUUCAUUGAGGCCUACAUCGACUCACUGAAGGACAGAGACACCAUACCUGAAGCCACCACCAAGGUGUCCAUCUCCUGCCUGCUGUGAGGAAGAGGAGGAUGAAGAAGUCUGUCCAUGUGAGCCGUCGUAAAAAGAAGCACUUUUUAAAGCAGCACUAGAAAAGAUAGAUCAUAAAACAGUUUGAGUCAUGGAUGGAUCACAGCAAAACAGAUAAAAACUCAGGUUAAAAAAUUAAAUUACUCCUGUUAAAUCAGCGUCCACAUAAGAAGACAGAACCACCUGAUCAGUUAAUCAUGAAACAAUAAGUCAGCUUUCUCUUUAAAAAUGAGAUUUUAAGUCAUGAAUUUUCAGGCCUGCAAAAACAUCAGAGGAGAAAUUAACUGAAGAGCAGAGGACCCAAACUUGAGUCUUGUGGAACUCCAAAUGAAACUGAGACAAAAGCUGUUAUCUAACCUGUAAAAAUAUAAUUAUAGUAUGUGUCAAAACCUACAUUUAGGUGUUAAAGUACAAGCAUGUAAAUGAAAAAGUUAUAGUUACCUUUAUGACCAGUUAUUUUUUGUUUGGCCAAACUCUUUUUGUGAUAGAUAUCUAAAAUACAAACUUGUAUGUCAUUAAAAUAAUUUACAGAUGGUUAAUCAUAAUGCUGACUUUCUCAGUUAAAUUGAGAUUUUAAUUGAUAAAUUUGCAGGCGUGCAAACACAUCAGAGGAGAAAUCAACUGAACAGAAGUGGAUCCGAACUUGAACCUUGUGGAGCUCCAUAUGAACCACUGAGACAAAAGCUGUUAUUCAGCCUUUUAAUAAAAAUAUUAUUACAGUAUGUGUCAAAACCCAUAUUUAGGUGUAAAAGUACCAGACAUUUUUUAAAUUAUAGUCACCUUUAUGACCAUGUUUUUAUUAUUAUUUUGGCCAAACAGCAAAGGUAAAAAACGGAAAUGCAGAUUGACAAAGUUCUGUUUUUCGUGUGAUAAAUAUCUGAAAUACAAACUGGAAUGUUUUUAAAAGCACUUACAGAUAGUAAAGGUAGGCAGGUUUCCAUCCACCCUCAAACUGCACACACUGAUAUUGUGAAUAUAAAAUACACCCGAUGGAAACACGUCAGCUUUGAGAAAUGUCCCGUUUAUCACAGAAGCGUGUUCACACUGGCAUGAGGUGGUAUUUUAGGUGACUGGAAAAAGCCAAAUAUAAAAAAACAAACAUCAGUUUUUACUCUCUCAGUAUCUUGUCUUCAUAGAUCAUAAUUUUGACUUUGUUCUUUUAUUUAAAAAAAAUAAAUCAUUUUUAACAUUUCAUCUAAUUUUCCCUCCCUAAGCAGUAAUAAAACUUCCAGAGUAUAAAGAUGUUUGAAUGACUGAAGGUUUCCGUUACUCUUGCUGAGAAAAUGUAUACAUUUUAUGUGUGCUGGAUGAUUUUUUGCAUUUUAAAAAUUACUUUUCAUUCCAAAUUCAGAUUUCCAACCUUUGAACAGUUUAUGUAAACUAAAGUUCAUUGUGUAAUUAUAAACUCUGGCAUACAAUAAAUAUACAUCAUAAGCUCUGCGUUCACAAACAAAAAAAGAAGAGAUGUUUAUCUUUGUGUAUCAGGUAGAAAACAUCACCGCGCUGUUUUUUCUGUCAGCGAGCAUGAACACGUAGUUACAGUGAUUUUGGAUUUGUUUUGUUUUGUUGUAUUUGGGAUAAACUGGAUUUAAUGGUUGAGGAUAUAAACGUGACCAAACAGAAAAUAAGGCUGAAACAGUUUUUUAAUAAAAGAGAAAUUAAUUUACGUUUAAAAAAUGUUUAUCGAUUUUAUUCAGUUUAUUAUGCAUUAAUGAAUUUAAUCAUUGAUUCUUCUUCCAAAAAAAAAUCUAAUGAUGGAUAUGAAUUUUAGCGAGAAAAAUCUGUAAAUACAAAUUAUUAAAAACACGUGAUUUUAUUUUCCACCAGUUUCUGCAUAUCCAAAAAAAGUUUUAUUUUUAUAUUUUUAUUUGUUGUGUAAUUGAAUUUUCAGUGUGAAGCUUUGAUUGAAAAGUGUGGCUGUGCCUGUUUUUAUUCUAAAAGAUUUUUUAAAUUUUAAUAAAAAGUGUUUGUGAAAAUGUU